AAAAGUGACUAAAGUUGUGCUCUCGCUCCUUCCCUGCACUCCUUCCUCCCUUAGAGGCUUCGGCCUUCGAUUCUUUUCUAGGGUUUCCCCCCCCUCUCCUCUCGCCCAAUCGCCCCCACGCGCCGGCAUGAAGCUCACUGUAAAGACCCUCAAGGGCAGCCAUUUCGAAAUUAGGGUUCAGCCCACUGACACCGUGAUGGGUGUUAAGAAGAACAUUGAGGAUAUACAAGGGAAAGAUAAUUACCCGUGUGGGCAGCAGUUACUGAUACACAAUGGCAAAGUCUUGAAAGACGAAACUACCUUGGCCGACAACAAGGUCACUGAAGAUGGUUUUCUUGUUGUCAUGCUUAGUAAGAGUAAAACUACAGGCUUAGCAGGGGCUUCAUCUGCUCAGCCUGCUUCUACAAUUCCACCUACAACUGCACCAAUCACAAAUUCUACUACCAGAGCCGAAGCUCCCAUACAAGCACCGCCUUCAGAGAGUACCACUCCUGCUUCAGACACUGCUAAUGUGCAUACUGAUACCUAUGGUCAAGCUGCGUCAAAUUUAGUUGCUGGAACUAAUCUUGAUGAGACUAUUCAACAGAUAAUGGAUAUGGGUGGUGGAAAUUGGGACAGAGAAACAGUUACACGUGCACUUCGAGCGGCUUAUAACAACCCAGAGCGAGCAGUGGACUACUUGUAUUCUAGUAUUCCAGAAACAGCGGAAGUUGCAGUGCCUGUGGCUCAUUUCCCUGCAAGUCAGGCAACUGAAACAGGCGUAGCCAAUGCUCCACCUGUCUCCGGAGCACCUAAUUCAGCUCCCCUGAAUAUGUUUCCGCAGGAAGCACUGUCCGGUGCUGGUGCUGGUGCUGGUGCACUUGGAUCCCUCGACUUCCUUAGAAACAAUCAUCAGUUCCAAACGUUGCGCUCAAUGGUACAAGCCAACCCACAAAUUUUACAGCCCAUGCUGCAGGAACUUGGAAAGCAAAACCCCCAGCUUUUAAGAUUAAUUCAGGAGCACCAUGCCGAGUUCCUUCAAUUAAUAAAUGAACCUCUUGAGGGUUCUGAAGGUGACAUGUUUGAACAGCCUGAUCAAGAAAUGCCACAUGCUAUCAAUGUAACUCCAGCGGAACAGGAGGCCAUUGAACGACUUGAGGCAAUGGGAUUUGAUAGAGCCUUGGUGAUUGAGGCCUUUUUGGCAUGUGACCGUAAUGAAGAGCUGGCAGCCAACUAUCUAUUGGAGAAUGCUGGAGAUUUCGAAGAUUGAAUGACUGUUCUUCCCCAGUUAACGGAUACCCCAUUGGAUUCAUAGUUUUUCUUUUGGAUCCUCAUUCUUGACACUUGCAGUAUCUUCACUCUGGUAGUGUAUGGAGUAACUUGUGUGCCCAGAUAUUAAUGAAUUUAAUUGAUUGCUUUUCCUAAAAGUUCAUUUGAAGUGUGUGACACCUUUCUACUUUGCUAAGGCUUAUUUCUUGUGACUUUUUGGGGAGAGUUUGCUGCUAAAGGAAAAGUUUUCAGUUCCA